AUGGGGCUGCCUCUCCCAAGGAAAUUUAAGAUGCCGCAAUUAGAGGCAUUCAAUGGCUCCACAGACCCAGUAGAUCACUUAGAAACAUAUAAGUCCCUGAUGCAUCUACAAACAGUAAGGGAUGAAGUAAUGUGCCGGACAUUCCCAGUUACCCUCAAAGGAAGUGCCAGAGCAUGGUUCAAUAAACUCCCGCCAGGCAGCAUACAUAGUUUUAAAGAGCUUAGCACAAGCUUCGUAAGCUACUUUAUUGCUAGGCAAUGCUACGGCAAACCAGCAACACAUCUCCUAACGGUGAAGCAAAGAAGAUGGGAGUCAUUAAGGGAUUACACCACAAGGUUCAACAAGAAGUUCCUAUACCUUCUUUCUCAAGAACCACUCAAAACUCCGGCAGAGCUUAUGCUUAGAGCUCAGAAACACAUGAAUGCAGAGGAAGCUGUCUAUGCAAGGCGUUCACGUGAUGUUUUUGAUCCCCAAGCAGGUCCAUCACAGGUUGGCGAGUUUCCUCCACCAGACAAAAGAAGAAGAGAAGUCGCCCGCAAAAUGGGAGGCGAACCAAAGAACAAAGAGGUGGACUCGAGGUCCUCCCCAAAACAAGGAGGGGGAGGACUGCCCCAAGGUAGAUACAAGCAGUUUACCCCGCUCAUAGCUACGGCAGAGCAAAUUCUUAGCAACCUACAGGACUAUCCGAACCUCAAGUGGCCUGGGAAGCUGAGAUUUAAUCCUAGUAGGAGCCAAAGAACAAAGAGGUGGACUCGAGGUCCUCCCCAAAACAAGGAGGGGGAGGACUGCCCCAAGGUAGAUACAAGCAGUUUACCCCGCUCAUAG